GGAAGGAGCUCUAGAUGGCGGCUGUGCCUUAGAGAGAGCGCGCUGAGCUCCGUGCCUUCCCAACACUUUACGCAACUUUCCCUAACUUUUGGGCAGCCUCAGGGGGCCCCCAGAGCCCCAUACCUGUUCUAGGCACGAAUCGGGGGCUAAUUGAGCCUUUUUCGGGCAGAAAAGCAGCUUUUGGAGGCUCUCUUUUCGUGCCUUGCUGGAAAGAAGAAGCCGUGGAGAGAGCCCAGGUCGUUGUUUUUCCAGCUUAGAAGCCAUGGCGUACCUCCAUUUUUGUGCGCUCUCCUAAUGAGCUUUUCCCCCGGACAUUUUUUGUACUAAUUAUCGCUGCUUUUGCUUUCACAGCAGUAUAUUUUUGGGGAUUAGAAUCUAUUUAUUUUUUUAUUAUCUAAAAAUAUAUAGUUAUCGUUUUACCUCCAAAUAUUUUGCAUCUGAUGUUUUUCCACUACCCGAAACUAAUAUCGGCUUGGUCCUGGCGGUGGUGCAUGGAUCAGCGUCAGGACUUUGUUCUUGAUAACGAAAGCCAAUGAAACAAACUGGGACCUUACCUUUCUUUCAACUUUUGACAGUAAAUACCUGGGCACAGGACAUCAAAGCAAACACAGAUACCCCCCUUUAAUAUUUAAGAAUUAAAAGAUGAUGAGAAAUGAGGACAAAAGCCAAGGAGAGGAGGGUUCAGUACACAGCAAUGCAUCGAGUCACUCAGCAUCUGAAGAGGCCUCUGGCUCCGACUCUGCAAGCCAAUCUGAAAGCGAGCAGGGGAGCGAACAGGGCAGUGAGCAUGGCAGUGAGACAAACAGCAGCUCAGAGUCCUCUGAAAGCCAGUCUGAAUCUGAAAGCGAGUCAACAGGUUCGAAAUCCCAGCAGACCCCACCUGAAACCAAAGAAAAACCAGCCAGCAAGAAGGAAAGGAUAGCAGAUGUAAAAAAGAUGUGGGAAGAAUAUCCUGAUGUUUAUGGGGUUAGGAGAUCAAACCGAAGCAGACAAGAACCAUCGCGAUUUAAUAUAAAAGAAGAGGCAAGUAGUGAAUCUGAAAAUGAGAGCCCAAAAAGAAGAGGCCAGAAGCAAAUGAGAAAACCAGGUAAAUGGAAAAGGGAGGCUUCUGGGGAAGAGGAGGAUGAAAAUGGUGGGGAGCAAGGCUCCAGUGCAGAUAGUGAACCAGAACAGAAGAAAGUUAAAGCCAGGAGACCAGUCCUGAGAAGAGCAGUGGUCAAAGCCAGUGUUAAAAAGCCCCACAAGCCCCAACGUGGUAAGAGGAGAAAGAAACAAGACUCGUCUGAAGAUGAAGAUGAUGAUGAAGACGAUGAGACUCCCAAAAGGCAAACCCGGCGCAGAGCGGCCAAAAAUGUCAGUUACAAAGAAGACGAUGAUUUUGAGACGGAUUCCGAUGACCUGAUUGAGAUGACCGGGGAAGGGGCCGACGAACAGCAGGACAACAGCGAGACCAUUGAGAAAGUCAUGGACGUCAGGGUUGGAAAGAAAGGAGCCACUGGUGCUUCCACCACUGUGUAUGAGACUGAAGCCAACGGCAACCCCAGCGCUGACUUUGACCCUGAAAAGGAUGAGGGAGAGGUUCAAUACUUGAUCAAGUGGAAGAGCUGGUCGUACAUUCACAGCACAUGGGAGAGCGAAGAGUCCCUGCAGCAGCAGAAGGUGAAGGGCCUGAAAAAACUAGAGAACUUCAAGAAAAAAGAGGAUGAAAUCAAACAAUGGCUAGCCAAAGUAACUCCUGAAGAUGUGGAAUACUUCAGCUGCCAACAGGAACUCGCUGCAGAGUUGAACAAACAGUAUCAGAUAGUGGAGAGAGUGAUCGCUGUGAAGACCAGCAAGUCUGCAAUGGGACAUUCUGAGUUCCCAGCUCACAGUCGGAAAUUGUCCUCUAAUGAGCCCGAAUAUCUGUGCAAGUGGAUGGGGUUGCCGUAUGCAGAGUGCAGCUGGGAAGAUGAGGCCUUGAUUAGCAAGAAGUUUCAACACUGCAUUGACAGCUUCAGCCAUCGCAACAACUCCAAAACCAUUCCCACUCGGGACUGCAAGGUGUUGAAGCAGAGACCCAGGUUUGUUGCUUUGAAGAAACAGCCUUCUUACAUUGGUGGCGAGAACCUGGAGCUCCGAGAUUACCAGCUGGAGGGGCUCAACUGGCUUGCUCACUCGUGGUGCAAGAACAACAGCGUGAUCUUGGCUGAUGAAAUGGGCUUGGGGAAGACUAUCCAGACAAUAUCAUUCCUCUCCUAUCUCUUCUAUCAGCAUCAGCUGUAUGGCCCCUUCCUGAUAGUGGUGCCCUUGUCUACUCUGACCUCAUGGCAGAGAGAGUUUGAAAUCUGGGCACCAGAGAUUAACGUGGUCGUUUACAUAGGAGACAUGAUGAGCAGAAACACGAUCCGUGAAUAUGAGUGGAUCCAUUCUCAGACUAAAAGGCUGAAGUUCAAUGCACUUAUCACAACAUAUGAGAUCCUCCUCAAAGAUAAGACUGUUCUGGGCAGCAUUAAUUGGGCCUUUCUGGGUGUGGACGAAGCCCAUCGGUUGAAGAACGAUGACUCUUUGCUGUAUAAAACUCUGAUUGAUUUCAAGUCCAACCACAGGCUCCUGAUCACUGGGACCCCGCUUCAGAAUUCUCUCAAAGAGCUCUGGUCACUGCUGCACUUUAUCAUGCCGGAGAAGUUUGAGUUCUGGGAGGAUUUUGAAGAUGAUCAUGGGAAAGGGAGAGAGAAUGGCUACCAGAGCCUUCACAAAGUCCUGGAGCCUUUCCUUCUGCGCAGGGUGAAGAAGGAUGUGGAGAAAUCCCUGCCAGCCAAAGUGGAGCAGAUUCUCCGGGUGGAAAUGUCUGCCCUGCAGAAGCAGUAUUAUAAGUGGAUUUUGACAAGAAAUUACAAGGCUCUCUCGAAGGGGACAAGAGGAAGCACGUCUGGCUUCCUUAACAUCGUGAUGGAGCUGAAAAAGUGCUGCAACCACUGCUAUCUCAUUAAACCUCCGGAAGAAAACGAAAGGGAGACUGGCAUGGAGAUGCUGAUGUCUCUAAUCAGGAGCAGUGGAAAGCUAAUUCUCUUGGACAAACUGCUGACCAGGCUGCGUGAGAGGGGUAACAGAGUCCUGAUCUUCUCCCAGAUGGUGAGAAUGCUGGACAUCUUGGCAGAAUACUUGGCUAUCAAGCACUACCCUUUCCAGCGCUUGGACGGCUCGAUCAAAGGGGAGAUCCGAAAGCAAGCGCUGGAUCACUUCAACGCGGAAGGCUCUGAGGACUUCUGUUUCCUGCUGUCAACACGAGCUGGUGGACUGGGGAUUAACCUGGCUUCUGCAGACACUGUGGUGAUCUUUGACUCGGACUGGAACCCCCAGAAUGACUUGCAGGCUCAGGCUCGGGCUCACAGAAUUGGACAGAAGAAACAGGUGAACAUUUACCGCUUAGUCACAAAGGGGACAGUGGAAGAGGAGAUCAUCGAAAGGGCCAAGAAAAAGAUGGUGUUGGAUCACCUGGUGAUCCAGCGUAUGGACACCACAGGCCGUACUGUACUGGAUAACAACUCUGGGAGAUCCAACUCAAAUCCUUUCAACAAAGAGGAGCUGACAGCUAUUCUGAAGUUUGGAGCUGAGGAUCUCUUCAAGGAGCUUGAAGGGGAAGAAUCGGAGCCGCAGGAAAUGGAUAUUGAUGAGAUUUUACGCCUGGCUGAAACACGAGAGAACGAAGUGUCCUCGAGCGCCACAGAUGAGCUGCUGUCUCAAUUCAAGGUAGCCAAUUUUGCAACCAUGGAGGAGGAAGAGACUGAGCUGGAUGAGAGGUCCCAGAGGGACUGGGAUGAUAUUAUUCCUGAAGAGCAAAGGAAGAAAGUGGAGGAGGAGGAACGACAGAAGGAAUUGGAAGAAAUCUAUAUGCUGCCUAGAAUUCGCAGCUCCACUAAAAAGGCUCAGGCAAAUGACAGUGAUUCUGAUGCUGAAUCCAAGAGAAGGAUACACAGGUCAUCUGGAUCAGAGAGUGAGACGGACGAUACUGACGACGAUAAAAGGCCGAAGCGCCGAGGGCGCCCACGGAGCGUUAGGAAAGACACGGUGGAAGGAUUUACUGAUGCUGAAAUCAGGAGGUUUAUCAAGGCUUAUAAGAAGUUUGGGCUUCCACUCGAACGGCUGGAGUGCAUUGCUCGCGAUGCUGAGCUGGUGGACAAGUCCAUAGCUGAUCUGAAACGUCUAGGGGAACUUAUUCACAACAGCUGUGUGUCGGCAAUGCAGGAAUACGAGGAGCAGCUGAAAGAAAACCCCGGUGAGGGGAAAGGGCCUGGGAAAAGGAGGGGUCCUACCCUCAAGAUCUCUGGUGUCCAAGUCAACGUGAAAUCCAUCAUCCAGCAUGAAGAAGAGUUUGAAAUGCUGCACAAAUCCAUUCCCACGGACCCGGAGGAGAAGAGGAAGUACUGCCUGACCUGCCGCGCCAAAGCUGCUCAUUUUGAUGUAGACUGGGGAGUGGAGGAUGAUUCUCGUUUAUUGCUGGGAAUUUAUGAACACGGCUAUGGAAACUGGGAGCUAAUUAAAACGGACCCAGAACUGAAGUUAACUGAUAAGAUCCUACCUGUUGAGACAGAUAAGAAGCCUCAGGGAAAGCAGCUCCAGACCCGUGUCGAUUAUCUGCUGAAAUUGCUGAAGAAAGAUCUGGAGAAGAAGGAAACUGUGAAAGAUGGGGAAGAGACCAAACUGAAGAAGAGGAAACCACGUGUGAAGAAAGAGAACAAAGCUCCCAAAGUCAAAGAUGAGCAUGGAAAUGACCUGUCCUCUCCUCGGCACUCGGACAACCAGUCAGAAGAGGGUGAAGUCAAGGAGGAUGGCUUGGAAAAGAGCCCAGUGAAAAAGAAACAGAAGAAGAAAGAGAACAAAGAGAACAAGGAAAAACAGUCAACCACAAAGAAAGAAAAAGAAGGCGAUAAAGAGAAAAAGAAAACAAAGGAUAAGAAAGAGAAGGCCAAAGGUAGCGAGACCAAGUCUGGAAGCAAAGGGAAGCGAUCUCAAGGUCCUGUCCACAUUACAGCAGGGAGUGAGCCCAUCCCCAUUGGAGAAGAUGAGGAUGAUGACCUGGACCAGGAAACGUUCAGCAUAUGCAAAGAGAGGAUGAGGCCAGUGAAAAAGGCACUGAAGCAACUGGACAAGCCAGAUAAGGGACUGACAGUGCAAGAACAGCUGGAGCAUACUCGCAACUGCCUCCUGAAAAUUGGAGAUCGCAUCUCAGAGUGCCUUAAAGCCUACUCUGACCAGGAGCACAUCAAGCUGUGGAGAAGGAACCUGUGGAUAUUUGUGUCCAAGUUCACAGAAUUUGAUGCUAGAAAAUUGCACAAACUCUACAAAAUGGCUCACAAAAAAAGAUCGCAGGAAGAGGAGCAGGAGCAGAAGAAGAAGGAGGACAUGGCUGGCAGCAAAAGGCUAUUCCGCCCAGAGCCUUCUGGCUCCAGCCGGGAUUCCCUCAUGUCUCAGUCUCACCUGCCUCCCAACCCUCAUUCUCAGAAACUCCACCUGCCUCCCUCGCACCCUCAGCAGAUGCAUGGGCACCAGCGGGACAACUACAGCCACCCUAACAAGAGACACUUCAGUAACGCAGAUCGAGGAGACUGGCAGAGAGAUCGGAAAUUUAACUAUGGUGGCAACAGCAACCAGGUCUGGGGUGGAGACCGGCAUCACCAGUACGAGCAGCACUGGUACAAGGAUCACCACUACGGGGAUCGUCGGUCUCGCGGCGACCCCCACCGAAGCUCCGGGAACUACCGACCAAAUAACCUCUCCCGCAAGAGGCCGUAUGAGCAGUACAACAGUGACCGAGACCACAGGGGACACCGAGAUUAUUACGACAGACACCAUCACGAUUCCAAGCGGCGAAGAUCUGAUGAGUUCAGGCCCCAGAACUACCACCAGCAGGAAUUCAGAAGAAUGUCUGAUCACAGGCCACCCAUGGGAUACCACGGCCAGGGACCUUCAGAUCAUUACCGGUCCUUCCAUACAGACAAAUCGGGGGAUUACAAACAGCCGCUUCCCCCUCCUCACUCCCAGCUCUCGGACCCUCGCUCACCCCCGUCUCAAAAAUCCCCUCAUGAGUCCAAGUCACCCCUGGAUCACAGGUCGCCCCUGGACAGGUCGUUAGAACAGAAAAACAAUCCAGAUUAUAACUGGAAUGUUCGAAAAACAUAA